CAAAAUGGCGACACAGGAGAAGUGUUGUUAUUAGUGUAGUCUAAUUAAUAUGGUUAUAGUGUAUUGUGGAGUGGUGUUUUUUUAUAAUUUUACAAAUUUCAUAGUGCUCUAACUCUACACCAAGUUUUGGAAGGUGAUUACACACAUUUAUAUAGUUGAAAUAUUAAUAAUAUGACAGUCAUGGCUCAGAAAGUAGAUUUCAAGCAACAUUUGAUAAGAACAAGGAAAGAUACCAAUAAAGAAUCUAUACAUUCUGGUCAGUUUAUGAUCUCUGAUUUUGAAGCCGAAGCACAGGAUGAUGAAGAUGAGCUUGCGGUACCUGUACCUGAAGUUAGCGAACCUAAAGCUGUGAUACCAUGCCAUAGGCUCUUAUCACAAAGCAGAAUGACUGUUAGUGAGAAGAAAUUUUCACCUAAUCAACUUUCGAUAGAGACUUCAUUAACAAAACUUUUCCAAUGUAUGUCUAUAGCGUACCGGCAGAAACUUACCUCUCCGAAGUGGAACAGGUUCAAAGGAGUUCGUUUAAGGUGGAAAGAUAAAAUAAGGCUCAACAAUGUCAUCUGGCGAUGUUGGCAUAUGCAAUUUAUCAACAAACAAAGUACUUUAGUAUGCCAGUUUGCUUCUCCGUUGGAUGUUGACACUCAUAAUAAACCAGAGGCUAUUGUUCUAGAAGGGAAAUAUUGGAAAAGAAAAUUGAAUGCUGUUACUGCAGAAUACAAAAAAUGGCGAAUGUUUACUCACAAUCAAAUUUUAGGAAGGCCGGAAAAAUAUGGCCACGAUUUAUUAGUGGAAUUCGAAAAUUCCGAGUGGCAGACUCCGAUAUCAGAUAGCCAAAUGAUGGUCGAUGAGGAUUAUAUGAAUCUAAUGAGUGAUACUCUUUUCUCAACGAUCACUGGAAGUGUGCCGUUUCCAUUUCCAGAUACGAGAGAGAUAGCAAGAGGAGCGAACCUGGCUGAUUUUAUCCAACCAAGUUUAGUUCAGCUUCAACCAAGUUUAGACGAAUAUAUGGAUAUAGAACCUCUUCAUGAUUUGCUUUGCUCUAAGCUGUCGACUGUUCAAGAGGAAAUAGCACCUCUUCAUUCAAGCACGUUUUCCAAAAACUCGUCAUCCAUGUCUUCAGGAGCUGUACAGGAGAAACAGGGAGUCAAUCAGAACUUUCACCCCAAUCAAUACUCUGGAACGUGGUAUAUUCCGCCAGCCAUGGACUAUGGCCUACCUAUUUAUCAUCCGCCACCUCCUCCGCCUCUUCCUUCUCAGCUCAGCGAGGAGCUUCAUAUUAGUCCUAAGCAAAAAACUAAACAUCGGUCCCGUUCGAAUCCUGGAAUUAACAAAAAAUUGGUUAGUCAAAACAGUUCCUCAAAUUUGGUUCAAGGGGAUGUAAAUACAAGAAGUUUACAGUCUUUGUCUUCUGUCACUUCUACUCAGCAACAGCAACAACAGCAGCAGCAGCAACAACAACAACAGCAACAGCAACAUCAACAAAACACAGCACUUCUACAGCAACUAUUAACAUCAAGCUCUGGUAGUUUAUACAACUUGCUGGAAUCUGGUUCUAAUUCUUCUAAACAGUCGACAACUCAUAAUCAGCAGUGUGUUGACGUUUCCGUGCCAUAUAUUCCAUAUGAUUCAAUCGACAAUCAGUUUAUAUACCAAUCUCAGCAAAGUGAAAAUAGUAGAGUAAACAAUAUUGAGCAGGCUAAGAGCUAUGCGAUGAAAGGUGAUAGCUCUAUUCAGCACAGCUCUAAUUCGUUGUCUGACACGUCGCCUUCUACUUCAUUAAUUUCACCAGUUCAGCAGUCGCCAGUCCAAUCUGUGGUCAACUCUCCCGUUGGAUGUCCUGAGUCUCCUGGACUUCAGGACUCUCUUAGUCUUUCUCCGCUCAAUCCGUUAAGUCCAGCUUCUCCUAAAUAUGUUCCGGCGUAUAAGGAGCAUAGAAGAGUGUGUCAUAUAAAUGCUGAACAAAAGAGAAGGUGUAACAUUAAGAAUGGAUUCGAUACUCUGCACUCUCUCAUCCCUCAGCUACAUCAGAAUCCCAAUGCUAAGAUGAGUAAAGCUGCUAUGUUACAAAAAGGUGCAGAUUACAUAGUACAAUUAAGAAAUGAGAGAAGUUCUUUGAAACAAGAAAUGGACAGCCUGAGGCAACAGAUAGAGUCAUUAAAUAGCACAAUUUGCAAUUGUCAGUCAAUGUUACCAGUAACGGGAGCUCCUGUAUCUCGUCACAGAAGCAAUAAAAUGAGGGAUAUGUACAAGCAGUACGUUAAAUCUAGAACUAUUGAAAACUGGAAAUUCUGGAUUCUAAGUUUAAUUGGUGAGCCACUGUUGGAGUCGUUCAACAAUAACGUGUCUACUAACAGCAUCGAAGAUCUAUACCAGAGCACACUUCAGUGGGUGGACCAGCAUUGUACGCUAGUGGAUUUAAGGCCAGUUGUAUUAAAUGCACUUCGCCAUUUGUGUACUUCCACCGAGGUUCUCACGGAUCCAGCUAGGCUACCCAAUGAAGCGAGAGCGGCCGUAGAAAAAUAUUCUAAGAAGAACAGUUAAGUUAGCCGUGUAGUAAGGAUAGUUUUUGUUUUUGUUGUCUUAUGUGAAUAUCUUUUUGUUAUUAGCAUCUGUUUCUUUGUUUAGUAUAUAGUUUUUUUUUUGUUAUCCAUAUAUAUCAUGUUAAUUUUAUUUUGAAAAUGAAGAUUUUAUAUAUAAAGAAAUUUUAUAUAAUUUUCCUCAAACAUCUAUAUGGUGUAGUGAUUAGCAAUUUUAACAACGAACCAUAAUGGUAUAGGUUUUAUUUAAGAAACUUGAAGAUUAUUUGUUAACGCUUGAUCAUAUAGUAUCUUCUAUGCUUUUCUGGAAAACCAACAAAUUGAGAUAAUUGAUUUGUUAUGCCCAUUCUCUUUUGUGAGAGGAAGCACAAUUUAUUUUUUUAUGUAAAUAAAAUAUUUUUUUUAAUAAUGGACAUUAAUUUACUAGAUAACAGUUAUAAAAAUAUAUAUUUGUAAUUUUUUCUUUUUUUACUACAAUCGAGUACAAAGGAACAGAUCUACUAAAGAUUAGUGUUUUUAUUUUGUCAAAUGAUGUAGUUUAUUUGCUUUUACAUUUUCUUGGUUUAUUACGUCGAUAAUAUGUUAUCAUCAUACCACAUUGAUAUGUUUUCAGGUUAGAGUCAUUGUUUUCUUGUUAUUGUGAUUUUUUAAAAUUAGUUUUUAAGGUGUGCCCACCAAAAAAAAAAAAAAAGUAAUAAUAAUAAAAUAAUUUAAAUUGUAUAUUUUGAAUAUUUUAAAGAAACUGUUAAUAAGUUUCGUGUAAGUAUUGUAAAUAAUUUUCACAAUUACCCAGUUAAUGUAAGCAUAAGUGCCAUAUAAAUAUCAUGUAAUUGUUAUUAUACAAUCUUAUCUUCUAUUUUUAUGUCAGUUUAAGUUGAGAGUGGACCAUAUAAUGAAUUGAAUUUCACAGGGAUCGAAAAUGUAAGAUUUUUCUUUAGAACUAUCUGAAGUAUCAAUUCCAGUAAUGAUCUUUUGCAAUGGCUUCAACAAAUUUAAAUAUUUUAUUUAAUUCAUUUCUGCUACAAAUAAUAACCUGAUAUGAGUGUAACGUAUUGGUUGAACAAAAAUUAAAUCCUAAACUGAUUAUAAUUUUGUAUGUCUCUUGUAUUUUAUUUAACAAUUUCUUGAUUAAGCAAGUGUAUCAGAUAAAUAGAUAUUUGUAUCAUAUAGGAUUCAUAUCAAAGACGCAAGCAUCUGUCAUUUUCAGAAACUGGAGAAAAAGUAAAUUUUUGUUUUAUAGAUUCAACUGAAACUGAUUCUGAUGAUUUUAUUUAAGAAUAUUCAAGUUGAAUCAUGAAAAAAAAUCAUUAGACUUGGUUUACAUUGAAGCUACCCUACAAAAAUUGGCAUUUUCUCAUAUGAGGCUACUCAUAUAAAGUAUCAUUACAUGCCCUAAAAUAAUUGGCGAUAACUAACAGAUAUCUGAUACAGCUGUUAGUAAUGUAACUGAGAAUCUUCGGUGAUAUUUGGUGGUAAAACAAUUAAACAAGCUAAUUUUCAGCCCCUUUUAUCGACUAGUACUUAAUUUAUGAAAGUUUUAACUUAAUUUUUUAUAAAAGUAUUUUUAAUCAUUCUUUACAAGGCUUGUUCUCUCUAGUUGAAAUAUAUUUUGAAACAUUUUUUUUUACAUAACUUACGUUAUAAUGGUACAUUCAAAAUAUUAUUUGCUCAGUAGCCAAAAUGCCAUUUUAUUAAGUUCUUAUUUUCCCUUUGGCACUACAGACAAUGAAGAUGUUUGACCACAAAUUGUGGUCUUCUUACAGAACUUUCAUCGCUUGUUAGCAUAGAUGGCCUGUAGGUAGUCAUCCAUCUUCACAUUGCUACACAAACCAUGGUUUUUCAUGGUGCAGCAGCAGGAUACCCAUAGCUCAAUAGCUGAUAUCUUUGAAGGCUGUUCGAGGUCAGCAGAUUUCUUUUUUUGAAGUAAGACUCUGUGGAUCUAACUUCCGUGUGGCUAUUUAAAGAAAAGUAAAUGUGACAUUGUGAUUUCCGAUUUAGGUACACAGGGUGGAGUUAUCAUUCCUGCACCCAGUCCGCUCAAGUCUCCUCCAGUAGGCUGACAAGGCUCAUGUAUCUGAAUUUAUUAAAAUCAAGAGUACCUUUUUUUUUUUUUCCUACAGUUAUGUAAAACUGUUAGUUAAAUAAGAGCCCUAUUAUUAGGCUGUGAACAUAUUCUAUUCUAUUUUAUUUUAGUUACCAUAAAAACCUCCAUCUCUUCUGCGCGUUCUGCUACGUUGUAAAUGUUGUAUAACACAGUAACAUUUUUUUUAAAUAUUCAAUCUAAGAGAUAAAAUCAUAUAUUCUACAUUUCUGUAUAUAUACAUUUAUUUUCUCAAUUUAUCAUCAGUCCAAAGGCAAAACACUUUUUUUACAUUACAUUUUAUAUUUUUAUUCAGUAGCAACUUAUUUUUUCGAUCCCUGAUAUUUCAUAUUUUUCAAAAAUUCAAGAGCUUUAUAAUGUACAUACAAUAUUUGAAUAUAUAAUAUAGAAAUAUUUGUGUGUACUAAAUAUACCGGCCGCCAGAUGCAGUAUUUUUAUUCUUGUUACUGUCUAAAAAAAAAUUUAUAAUAUAUGAUAGAAAUUAAAUUCAUCACAGAUUUAACUAAGUAUUUAUAUAUUAUAUUUUAAUAAUAUAAAAUAUAAAUAACAUAAAACAUUCAGUACCAGUUUUUUUUUUCUGCAGAGAAUUGGAAUUUUUGUAAAAAAAAAAAAAUAUUGAAUUUGUUCAUUAACACUUUAAUUAAACACGUAUCUAGUUUCAGCUUUUAUUGUCAUUCUCUUGCUAUUACUAUUAUUAUUAAAUAUGGUUGGUGGAUUUGUAAAUUAAAUGGUUGUUUAUGUGCCAAAUUAAAUUACGAAGCAUUGUUUUGUUUUUUUCAUCAAAUAUUGUAGACCAGUCCACAGGGUGAUAAAAAAUUUUUCUAAUUAAUAAUUUAUGUUUAUCUUAUCUAAAUUGUAUAAUGUGUGAUUACAAGAAGGUUUGUGUUCAUUUAUAUGAACUCGAUUGAUUGUUUAAAAAAAGAAAGUAAUUUAAUUAUUCGGCUGAUUAAAAAUUUUAACUUGAUUUUGUUUUAGACUUAAGUUAAAAUUUUUAAAUUAUCGUGCAAUCUGAGUAAUGUGAAAUUGACCUCAUAAAUAAAUAAAUGAACUGACUGAGAGGAACAGCAAGGAUGGAAGGGAAGUUUUGUAAGUUAAAAAAAAAAAAACCUGAGUGUCAGAAACAUUUUUCUAACUUAAGACGCAUUCUUGUCUUGUCGAAUUUUCGUGAUACUCUUUCGUUUAUUUUGUGAGAAUCUGAAAGAUGUAGAUUAUCAUUUCAAUUAAUCUUUCAGAUGGAAAAUAGAUAUCAAUAUACCUUGAUAAAUCUGUCAUCUACCAACUUCAACAGAAUAAGCAGUGAUGAACUUUUGCCAAAACAAACAAAAAUAAUCGAGUUAAAAUAAAUGAAUGUUUUUGAAGUCGAUAUUUUUUUAUGAAGUUGAAUAAUAUAUAUAUAUAUAUAUAUAUAUAUAUAUAUAUAUAAUAUAUAUAAUAUAAUAUAUAUAUAUAUAUAGCUGCCAAUAGUGUCACAUAAGCUCUUAUAGCAACCUGUCCUCAUGUUACACUUUUUAUUUUAUUUUAUGAAAAGUAUAUUCGAGUAAUGGUCUGCACAUACAUAUGGAAACGUCUAUAUAAAUUAUUUUAUUUUUUUUAAGAGUCACUUUAUACCAAAUAGUUUUGUAUUUAAAUUGAGAUUUUUUUUUGUUUUCCUCCACGUGGAGGGCAGGGGAUUAAUGUCAGAGUUCAGUUCUCUACUGCACAGGGACGGGAAAUAAUAGAUAUAAUAUCUUGUAAACUGCUGUUUAUCAUGUUGCCGGACAAUGUGUGUACAAAACACGCAUUAGCUCACUCGGCCAUCCCACCCCAUAUUUAAAUUGAGUUGAAGUUUGAGAAAUGCACUUUGACACUAAUCAUUUUUCCACUUUUUAAUGCUUUGCGCAUUUCCAUGGCGUAUAUAUAUAUAUUAAGAAUGCAAUUUUUUUUUUUUAAAGUGUAUGUAAUCCCUCUGAAUCUACAAAGGUUAGUUCAGAUUACUGAAAUUGCACUGUAUUAAAAUAUAAAUAAGUUUCUGAAAUUAUUUUACACAAUAUCAAAAUGUGUGCCAAAAUAUUAAAUUUUACUUACCUUGAAAUACGAGCCAAGUCAAUCUUUUGAGAUCAGAACCACUGACAUUUUAUAGCUAUUUGGAGAAUUAACUAGUGCAUCAAAAUUGAAUUAACUAGUGUCAAUGUUUCCCUCAUCUUCAGUCAGGUUUUCUUUUUUUUAAUCCUCAGAAGGAACUUAAAAAUCGUUUCCGCCCAAAUUAUAUAACUAAUCGUUUUAUGUAUGUUUGACUUAUAUUGUUAAAACAAUAGAUAGAUUAAACUGUGCUCAGAUAAGGCUUUGAUUGAUAAAAAUUGUUUCCCCUUUUAUUCCCUCCCAACUUUAUAAUUUCCCUAAAAAGGGAACUUUUUCACCAAAGUGGAAACCCUGCAUGGGUUAAUUUUUUUUUAUUGCUGCCAACUCUCUGAAGUGAAUUAAUUCUUUGAUAUAUAUUAAUUAUUACUGAAUAAAAUUGUAAACCAUAGAGGUUAAAAUUUUAUAUCGGCCUCGAAUAUAUUUUAGAUGAUUUUUAAGAUUAAGCCCAUGUAUAGUUAUGACUCCUCGGUACUGAAUGUAUUGGAUUUUCUAAAUCAUUUAUAUCUUCUGAGUUAUUGGAAUAUAAUUUAACAUCACAAUUGUGUCUGGUUCUUGUGUAGUUAUUUCAUAGAUGAUUGUACCAAAUAAAAAAUAUUGAAUCAGGGUUUCAACUAUAGUCUAUUUAAAUGUACAGUUAAUUAAUUUGUAAAUUAUUAUUACUUAAUUAUUACAUUGUUUUGCUGUAUGGUUAAAUAUGAAAGUUGUAAGUACUCUGUUAGUUAGUGACAUAACAUCAAUAGAUUAUUUACUAAAGAACUAAUUUCUGUUACUAAGCCAAUGUUAUGUGAAUCUUUAAAAUUACAUUUUUUUUUUUUUUUUUUUUGUGAAUGAGUGAUAUCGUCAAUUCAUGUGUACAUGCUUUCAAAUGUAUGUUUACUUUUACACGAGCACAACCAGAAGUAAGCCUGGGGUUAGUGCCUUGAACUAUUGGAAUUCUUACGUACCAAUAAAUUGUGAUCUCUCAAAGCUGCUCAAGCUUUCUGUUGGAAUAAAUAUCUAUAACUUGUUUGUUGAAAUGUUUAUAAUUUAAUUUAUAAAUAAAAUUUACAGAAUGUUGAAGUAUAUUUUUUUAAAUUUGAAUAAAAUCUGUUUAUAAAUAUUAUUCUUUCUCUGACUCCUUCCUUUAAUAUGUAUUUUUAUGUUACUAUGUAAGAUACUCACUGAAGAUCUAGUAGCUGCCUGGACUUGACUCAGACUGAAGGAGCUUUAUUAUUUAAAGAUUAUAAUUAUAAUGGCGCUAUGCCCUCCUCCAGCUUCGAACGCCCAGCCACCUCAGAAUGUCCUCCAGCCAUCUGUUCCGAGGGCGUCCUCUACUUCUUUUGCCAUCCAACUUCUCAUUUAGCAUCCUCUUUGGCAUUCUUUCCUCAUGACCUAACCAUCUUAUCCUGGCUCUUUUUAUCAAUGCCACAGUAUCAGGUUCUCCAUAAAGUACCCGCAGAUCCUCAUAUUUUCUUCUUCAAAUUUCAUUCUCAGAAAUUCCCCUCCAUACUUUCCUUUCCUUGAGGAGUUGAGCAUGCGUGCUGAGUUUUUGGUCAAGGUCCAAGUCUCACACCCAUACAUAAACACUGGGCUUACUA